CGCGAUUCGCUUUUUUAGAAAGGUCAGUCGGACCGAUUCGACUCUGAACACCAUUCGAGGCGAGCGAUAUGCCCGUACGCGAUUCGUAUUUUUAGACGCGAGCCGAGCGUUAACAGAGUUAGAAGAGAGUGUGACUUAAGCAGAAGACCGCAGAAGACAGCACACACAUCGGAAUUACUUAAUUAUUAUUUUAUUCAUUUGUUUUCGAACCGGCACGGACAACAUGUUUUCCGCAUUCUCGACGUCCAUGAGAAGCCUCGGCUGCAAGAUCGGCUCGAUCUUCCAGAGGAGAAGAACGGAGGUGGCGGAGGCUGCCGAGGAGGACCUUGACAAGGCCAAGGUUCAAGCGCAGGAUGACCUCAACACUCUUGGCGCAACAGCAGCGCAAGAGAGCAAAGAUUUGGGAAAGGCGAUCAAGGACGACCUGAGGGAAGCCGAUCAGACGCUCGCAUGCAAACUGAAGCAGACAGGCGAGAGGAUCGAGAGCGGUCUGGAUGGAGCGGGAAGAUACACGCAGGAGAAGAAGGAAGACGUUCGAGCGGCCGUCGAUGAUGGUCUGAAGAGGGCGGCGGAUAACGUCGGUCGCAAGUACGAGGAGACGAGAAGGGCUGCGGCCGAAGACGCCAAAGCCAUCGACGACAGACUCAAGCAGACGGCAACAAAGGUUGGCGACGAUGUGAAGCAGAUGAAGACCGCUCUGCACGACAACGUCGACCAAAAGCUCCAACAGACCGGAGAUUACCUGGGCCACAAAUUGGACGGAACGAAGGAGUUUGCCGCGGAGAAGAAUGCGGGCAUCCAAGAGUUCGGAAGGAAUCUCGAGCAGAGAAUUCAGGAGUCGAAGAGGGCCACGGAGGAGAAGAAAGCGGCCGUCGUUGAGGGACUGCACGGUUUCGGCCGAAGCGUCGAUCAAACCGUCGACGAUGUGACAGCGAAACUGCAGGAUGGGAAGAAGGUGGCUGAAGAAAAGAGGGAUGCUUUCGUCGGAAACGUUCAGACCGUGGCGGCCAACGCGAGAGAUUACACGGCGGAAAAGAAGCAGGCCAUGGAUGAAGCACUGAAGAUUGCUGCUGCUAACGCCAAUCAAAAGUUGGAAGAUGCCGGUAAGGCUGCGGAAGAGAAGAAGGCUGCUAUGGCUGCAAGUUUAAAUAACUUUGGACAAAACGUGAAUCAGAAAUUGCAUCAAACCGCUGAUAAUUUUAACGAUCGUUUGGAAGACACCAAAAAGGCUGCAGAACAGAAGAAAGAAGCUUUGGCAAGUGGAAUCCAGAACACCGCUGCGAAUGUCAGAGAUUACGCUGCGGAGAAGAAACACGCUAUGGAUGAAGGACUGAAGAGUACAAGUGCUAAUAUCAAUCAAAAGUUGGAAGAUGCCAAUAGGGCUGCACAAGAGAAGAAGGACGCUUUGGCGACCGGUCUGCAAACAACUGCAUCCAAUGUGAGAGAUUUCGCGGCUGAAAAGAAACACGCCAUGGACGAAGGGUUACAUAACAUUGGACAGAACGUGAACCAAAAGUUGGACGACACGAAGAAGGUUGCUGAGGAAAAGAAGGAAGCUUUGGUCAGCGGAAUUGAAACGACCGCAUCGAACGUUAGAGAUUAUGCAGCGGAAAAGAAACAUGCUGUAGAUGAGGGAUUAAAAACGACGACGGCUAACAUCAAUCAAAAAUUGGAAGAUGCCAAUAAGGCUGCAGAAGAGAAGAAAGCUGCGAUGGCUGCAAGUUUAAGUAAUUUUGGACAAAAUGUUAAUCAAAAGUUGCAUCAAACUGCAGACAACAUUAACGAUCGUUUGGAAGACACUAAGAAGGCUGCUGAACAAAAGAAAGAAGCUUUGGCAAGUGGAAUUCAAACGGCCGCAACGAACGUAAGAGAUUACGCAGCGGAAAAGAAACAAGCCGUAGAUGAAGGUUUGAAGAAUACGAGCGCCAACAUCAAUCAAAAGUUGGAAGAUGCCAAUAAGGCUGCAGAAGAGAAGAAAGCUGCGAUGGCUGCAAGUUUAAGUAACUUUGGACAAAAUGUUAAUCAAAAGUUGUAUCAAACUGCAGACAACAUUAACGAUCGUUUGGAAGACACAAAGAAGGCUGCUGAACAAAAGAAGGAAGCUUUGGCAAGUGGAAUUCAAACUGCCGCAACGAACGUAAGAGAUUACGCAGCGGAAAAGAAACAAGCCGUAGAUGAGGGUUUGAAGAGUACCAGCGCCAACAUCAAUGAAAAUUUGGAAGAUGCCAAUAAGGCUGCAGAAGAGAAGAAAGCUGCGAUGGCUGCAAGUUUAAGUAACUUUGGACAAAAUGUUAAUCAAAAGUUGCAUCAAACUGCUGAUAAUAUUAACGAUCGUUUGGAAGACACAAAGAAGGCUGCUGAACAAAAGAAAGAAGCUUUGGCAAGUGGAAUCCAGAACACCGCUACGAAUGUCAGAGAUUACGCUGCGGAGAAGAAACACGCUAUGGAUGAAGGACUGAAGACUGCAGCUGCUAACGUCAAUCAAAAGUUGGAAGAUGCCAAUAAGGCUGCCGCAGAGAAGAAAGCUGCGAUGGCCGAAGGUCUGCACAGUUUCGGACAAAACGUGAAUCAGAAAGUGCAUCAAACCGCUGAUAAUAUUAACGACCGUUUAGAAGACACGAAGAAGGCUGCGGAACAAAAGAAGGAGGCUCUGGCGAGCGGAAUCCAGAACACCGCUGCGAAUGUCCGAGAUUACGCUGCUGAGAAGAAGCAUGCUUUGGGUGAAGGUUUGAAAACGACGACAGCUAACAUCAAUCUUAAAUUGGAAGAGACCAGUAAAGCGGCCGAGGAGAAAAAGGCCGCGAUGGCGGAGGGUCUCAACAAUUUCGGCAAGGCUGUGGAUCAGAAACUGCAUCAGACUGCAGAGACUGUCAGCGAAAAGUUGCAGGAGACGAAGAAGACGGCCGAUGAAAAGAAGGAAGCUCUGAUCGGAGGAAUCCAGACGAGCGCGACGACUGUGAGGGACUACGCUGCGGAGAAGAAGCAGGCCGUGGAUGAGGGACUGAAGGGUGUCGCGCAAGGAGUGCAGAACUUCGGUAAAUCGAUGGAUCACAAGCUGCAAAAAACCAACGAGGAUAUCAACAAGAAGGUGGAGGAGAAAACUCACGCGUUCGCCGAAGGAGUCAGCCAGAAGUUAUCCGAUGCAGAUAAAUAUGCGGAGGAGACGAAACGGGCACUGGCGGAGAAGGCGAAAGCACUGGAGAGCAACGUGCAAGCCCUCGGCAGCAAGGCUGGUGGAUUCUUGGAACAGAAGUUCGCUGGAGCCGCCAGUUUCUUGGAAAACGCCAGACAGCAGGCGAAGAUUGAAGGACAGCAGACGCACGAGGAUCUGGACGAUACCCGGGACGCAGCAGCAGCAGCAAUGUUCACCAAAACCACCAGCCUCUUCCAUAAAUAAUGUGGAAACGUUGCGUGGAAAUAAAUAAUGGAAAUAUGUUUCUAGUCGAAGACAAAAUCAAAAACCUGUCUUGCCUGAUAACCGAGACCACCUAGAGCAACAUUUCAAUAUCGAAAACCAUUUCGAAUAUUUAUUAAUUGAGAGAGAAUCGAGGGUUUGCUCAUGCAGCGGGUUUAUCUAUACAAUUAUGUGUUUUUUUUCUUUUUUUUUUAUAUAAUUUCAAAUAACUAUUAUUAAUUAU